AUGAGGAAUUAUAAUAUUCUUUCAGUAAUUUUUACAUUAUUUUUAAACAUAUUAGAAAUUUAUUCUAACAGACUAUGUAUACAUUUACCAAAUAUUGCUCUUAUUGGUGGAACAUAUGACGAAUUGGCAAAUGUUGAUAUUAAAACAUGUUGUAUGAGUUGUUGGAAUGAUCCAUGUUGUAUGUUUUAUACUUAUGAUGUAAAUAAACGACAUUGUGAUAAAAAAGCUACUAUAACUGAAUCAAAAAAUCAACGUGAUAUUGUAAGUGGUGUCAAACCAAAUGAUUUUCGUGGUUCAGGAGCACGUUUAAGAAAUAUUAAAAUAUGGGGUGGUAAGGGAAAUCAAAUUGAAGUUGACACAUUACAAGAUUGUGAAAAUUAUUGUUAUGCAUUUAGUAUGUGUACAUGGAUGUUAAAACCAAAAAAUCAUAUUUUAAAUGAAGGUGAUAAAAAAGGAAAAUGUACUUGUUAUAAACAAAUUGAUCAUCUUGUAUAUGCUUAUGGUAUAAAUUCAUCUAUAAUGCCACAUACACAAUUUGGUAAUUAA